ACAGUGCCCCAGUAUCCUAACUGAACAUGUGAAGGCAACAUGGUUGUGUUAUGUUGUUGUGGUCGUCAAGGUGUGUUGGAAUGUUGGAGUAUUUCUUGACUUUUGCUGCUGUUGAAACUGAACAGGGUUAAUCACUGUGACCUCACACAGGACCUCUGGACUUGGUUCCUUCCACUACCUCAAACUGAGUGGUGGACUGAUAUAUUCAGGAAGCAAAAAGACAGAUCUCUACCAUACAAAAAACUCAAAAAACAUCUCUAAAAAUCACCAGGACAUCUCUAUAAUGUCUCUAUAUAUCCAUUUCCUGGCUUGCGCCUUUGGCCUGGGUUCGUGGGUGGCCGUUAAUGGAAUGUGGGUGGAGCUGCCACUAAUUGUCAGUGUAUUACCAGAAAGAUGGGACUUACCUUCGUACCUUACGGUCAUCAUCCAGCUGGCUAAUAUUGGCCCUAUAUUAGUUACCCUUGUGCAUAAGCUGUGUCCUGGUCGACUACGAGAGAAUCUGGUGAUCUAUGCAGUGCUGACGAUUGGUAUAUCAGCAUGCAUUCUCCUGACAGUGUUCUGGAAUAAGACAACAGUGUUUUUGGGUCAACCGAGAAGCACAGCAUUCUUUAUAAUCACAUUUUUUCUGUCUCUGGUGGACUGCACAUCUUCUGUCACCUUCCUGCCCUUUAUGACACAGCUCCCGACCAAAUACAUCACCAGCUACUUCAUUGGUGAAGGAUUAAGUGGGUUUUUGCCUGGGUUGGUAGCUCUGGCACAAGGGGUUGGAAUGGCCAAAUGUGUUAAUGUCUCACAACCAUCAGGGAACUUCUCAAACCCUGGCCAUGAGAACUUCACACUAGAAGCUCUUUACCUUCCUCCUAACUUCUCCACAGAGAUCUUCUUCUCUUUUCUGGUGGUCAUGAUGUUGAUAAGUCUUGGUGCUUUUGGCUUGCUAAACCAUGUCCCACGGACUUUUACACUCUCCACUGAAGAUCUGGUGUCUGAGGCAGGGACUAUAGUAACAGUCAGUGCAGGUCUGGAAGACCAAGCAACAAGCAAUUUAAGGAAAAACAGCCAAAAACGUGCUAGUGGAGAUCAGCCCAAGCCUCUGAUAGUGAAGCAGUACUAUUCCUGUUAUGAGCUAGCCUUCAUCUACUGCAUGGUGGUAUGGGCGAAUUGUGCAACCAAUGGACUACUGCCAUCAGUACAGACCUUCUCCUGCAUGCCCUAUGGGAAUAUGGUCUAUCACCUUUCAGCUUCUCUGUCAUCACUUGCUAACCCACUGGCCUGCUUUAUCGCCAUGUUCGCUCCCAAACGAUCACUAUUAUUGCUGGGUAUUCUGUGCUUGCUGGGUACUGGUUGUGGUGGAUACAACAUGGCUAUGGCAGUCAUGAGUCCCUGUCCAUUGCUGCAAGACUCACCACUAGGAAAAUCUCUAAUAGUCCUGUCAUGGAUUCUCUUCACCGGUCUGCUGUCCUAUGUAAAAGUGAUGGUAGGAGUCAUUCUAAGGGACCAGAGCCACAUCGCCCUGGUGUGGUGUGGAGCUGCAGUACAGUUAGGAUCUCUAGUGGGGUCAUUUAUUAUGUUUCCCCUAGUCAGCAUUUAUCACCUGUUUAAGUCGGGGGAUAUCUGCAACAACGCUUGUGCAACAUUCUGAUCCUGUGAUUUUGCAUAAGAAGCAUGGGGUGAUAUAGAAAACAGAUGCUUAUGAAUGAAUAAUGAAUACUAACAGUAUAACACCAAUACAAGUCAUAUUAGACUGUGUACACUCAAGCUGUAGAGUGACAGUAAUACAUUAUUGACAACACUCAAACUUUGAAUGGAAUCAGGUUCAUCCUUGGUAGUCUACUUAAAUUUUGCACUUGCUUUUAUAUAUAUAAAUAAUAUAUAUCCAUUCAUUCAUCUUUAGUAACCACUUUAUCCUGGUCGGGAUAAUCGCACACGCAAGCACACGCACACACACAAAUGUACACACAUACUCACACCUAGGGGCAAAUUAUUCCACCAAGCUGCAUGCUUUUGUGAAACUGGAGAAACCCACAACCCUGUUAUAUAUAUUCAAUAGAGGCCAAAUGUGUGAAAGCAUGUAGUUUACAGUUCAAACAUAUUUCAUAUUUCAUUUUCUCAAUGUUUAAAACAACAAACCUGUUGCUAAACUAUUUCACUAAUGGAAAUGAUUUCAUCAUAUAUACUGAUAUAUUUGAAAUAAUAUGUUACAUUGACUGAGACCUUGCAAUCUUUGUUGAUAAAAAUCUCUUACAUUUACCGUUUUUAAAAUAUAAUCUUAAAGCACCUGAUUGAGACAGGAACAGUAUAUUGUACAUGGUUGCUACAGCAAUUUAUGUUAAUAAACAUUAUGACGUCCAAUAUCCAUCAGUACUUGCAAAAUAAUAAUAAUAAUUAACCCCAUUAGGCCUUAUAAAUAUUAAGUUAUCCAUCUUAACGCACAUUUUUCAAAAACUACAAUGAAACUAAUAGUAAAAAUCUGGACCCACUGCCAAGCCCUGGUAAUGGUUUGUAUGAUAUAGUAUGCUAUG